UGGGUCUAAACAUUAUCAAUAUCCCCGAAGAAGUCUUAAGAUGUGUUAAAUGCAGUUCUAAAAAUGAGAUCUGUCAAGGAUGAAAGGACCUGCAGUUCUUGUAAUGAAAUCCUACACGGCGAUGUUCUCAAGGUGUGCGGUAUGAUUGUCUUAAUCGCUGCUAUCAUACUGGGGAACGUGGUGAGUCUUCUGGUGUUUCUUGGGUCAAAGCGAUUCAGAACCCCACAAGGGUAUUUAAAAGCUUCUCUGGCGUUGGCUGAUCUAGCGGUUGGUGUCUUGGUAGUCCCUUACUCUGCCUACAGAGAAAUAGCCAUAUUGCUUCAAGAAAAAGAUUGCAACGAGAUCAUUCCAACAGCGGUCUGGCGCUUCCACCCCUGUCACGUCAUAGGUCCAGUUUUCGCGGGAUGUACGUUCGUUUCCAUCACCACCAUUUUCCUUUUGUGCAUUGAGAGGAGUAUCACGGUGCUGAAGCCGUUGCACAAAAAUCUCAUGGUCACUAAAAAGAGGACGAUCGCCCUGAUCGCGUUUUCCUGGCUCAUGUGUUUCUUUCUAGCCGUGGUGCCUCUGCUGUUCAGCCAGGAUAUCCGUUUGCACUACAGCCCUUGCAGUAAGAUGUGCAAUUACGCGUUCUCCACCCGGGAGUCGGCGCGCACCGGCACUGGGUGGAAUGUCAUGCUGAUAUUCCCCACCUUUGAUUUCUCCCUCCUGGGAGGCACCUUUGUCAUUAACUUGAUAACGUUUGGUGCAUUACGCCAAUUCAGCAAGGUCAGGAAACAGUUGGCCCAGCCUAAGGUCCAAGGCAUCUCAAACAGACCCUCGUUUUCCGACAUCAAAGCAGCGAAGACUAUAGCCAUUCUAACGGUCUCCUUUUCUGCCUGUUUCGGCCCCAUUGCCGUUUUUGUGGUGGGCAGCGUCCUAGGGUACCAAUGGUGCGAGUUUUCUUUUUACGCUUUUUGGAUUUUGACCUCCAACAGUUGCUGGAACGUUGUCAUUUACAGCGCCAGAGACCGGAAAUUCCGCCAGAGAACGAGGGAGCUGUUCUUUGGAAAGGUGCUGAAAAGCAAGCGGCGCUGCCCGGGUUCGAAUGCAGGUAGUCCUGGUCAUUGCGUGGCGGUGCUCAAAGAAAUACUGCACCGUGAAUGCGCUUAAGUGGCCCCUCUCCUGGCUGUGCGGCAAAUGUUCCAAUUACAAAAUCCAGACGUUUUAAAUUGUGAACAAUUAUUUGCAUUUAAUUACAAUUCAUUGUAUGGAUUCAUUUACUUACUGUGUAUACCAUGUUGUACUUAACGCAAUAGACACCUUAAUCGUUUAAUGUGAUUAAUUAGGUCAUAAUAUAUUUGUCAAAGUAUCGUUGCUGAAAUUAUAUUUGUACAUGUGCUCUUAACUGAUGUGGUAGUAAUAGAUUGUGAAUGAUGUGCUCUCUCGUAAUAAAAUAUCUAUAUGAUGUAUUUUUAUUUUUAAUUUUUGUGCGCCUCCCAAGCUUAUUAACAGUACCAAACCAGACCACCCCUAAUACAACUUUACAGGGUUAAACACAAUUCUCAAAAAGACUGCUAGCUAUUCAUUAAAUACAUUACAUCAAUAUACCAUAAACAUAAAUGAGGUUUAUCACUGAGGCUCAUCCACCCCUUUACUGCGUAUCACAUAGGAGACUCGAGUUUAUUAAGUGAUUAUUUGUACAGCGGUGACAGAAAUACACUUCCCUUUGAACUGAUUCGUUUCCUUUUUUCUUCUUCAGAGACACUGUUAAGUGAGUACUUUAUGUCCAGACUACAGUUCCUUUCAUGUCUGAAAUAUCAGACCAUUAUCCCUCAUUGUUAUGCUAUACACCUGAAUAAUAAAAGAUAGAAGAAGCGCUUUUGUUUCCAGAUGCAUGUCCUUCACGCUAUUGUUCGGGAACAGUGAGACGCAGGUUGCCAUUAUAUUUAGUAUAUAGCAAUUAAGGCAGCUGGAAUUCACGAUGCUUAUAGGUCCAGAUAUGU